CUUCCACUUCAUCUGCAUUCUGCAAUCUUUGCUAGCGUACUAUGUAUCACCACAUCUCUGCUAGUAGAACUACAAGUUCUUGUUUUGCUUUUGUAGUCUGCGCGGCUCUGCACUUUGUACAGUAGAAAUUAAUAAAACCGACGCAAUUUUUUCAUCAUGUUUUUCUUUCGAGGCCCCCAUUAAUCAAUCUCCUCACGACCACAUCAAUAUGCGUGCGAGCCCGUCCGAUAGUUCGGCGUCGGAGCGCGAUCCUCCAGCGACAUCGCAAAAGAGUAUCACGCUAAUUGACCAAGGGCUGGCCUCGCUUCGGGAUGUGCGCUGCCCAGGUACGUCGUCAAGCUCUUCCUGCACGAGCUUGAACUUACACUGUAACCGCAUCCGCGCUUUGGAUUUGCGCGAUGUCCACGAAGUCUUUCCUAACGUGAAGGAACUGAUUUUAUCCAGCAACGAGAUCGACGUCGGGGUAUCAGUAUCUGCGCCUCGUUCCUCAGCCUCCUCGUCGAGCCGUGUAGCUCCGAGUGCUAGCGACAGUGGGGCCGCUCCUGCGUCGAAUGUUGGAACACCAAGUGAUACUGAUUUUGAGGAUGGUUCGACGCCCAGUUCAUCUUCGAGCAGUUGUUCCUGUAGAAUAGAGACACUCGACCUUGGUUGCAACCGCAUCGGUCCGACGCUGACGAAUCUGCACUUGAUGAAAAGCAGUUUGCUUCACCUCAUAGUUCCCUACAACCAACUCCGCUCGUUGGACGGUUUGAAGCCGCUUUGGGGCGGACCGCUGCAGUCAGUGGACGUCCGGUGCAACCUCCUGGACCGCCUCGACCAGCUGUUUUUCCUGUCCGGCUUGCGGAACUUGACAAGAGCCGCGCUCGAGCCAAACCCGAUGUGUAACAACGCGCUGACGCAGACCUCGGGCGACCUGAACACGGGCCGGAGUCGACACAUGCCAAUGCACCGGCUCGGGAUACUGCAAUUGGUCCCGAGCAUCGAGGCGAUCGACAACGUCGCCGUCGGAGACGAUGAGCGCGUGAUCGCCAAUGGCAGCCCGUUUGUACUAAUCGGCGAGCCGAUGGAACUUGCGCUGGCACAGCAACACCACCCGCAGUCAUCAAGCUCAAGAGCAGGUCCGAAAGUAGUGCGCACUCCCACCUCUUCAUCGAGCCGGCGAAUGAGCGCGGUAGAAGAAGAACAGGUAGAUCAUGGGAGUAUUGUUGCCGUAGCGUUGCCAAACUCCGCCACACCCACUCCAUCGAGCCGUGCAAAAAGAAGUGCGAAGUCAAAUCCUUGGGCGGCAAAAAAUGGACCCACAGAGGCGGGGCGGCAGAAACUUGUACCCGGCGAUAGCCCCGAAGAUGUUGCUGCACCUGAUGACGCGAUGGAGGUGGAAGGCGAGGGUGACGACCUGAUGGAGCAAGGUCAAGGUUUUCCUCAGCAAGACGAGGUGCAGACGCAAGCGAAAGAAAGCGCUAUGGAGAAGAAGCUCCGCCUGGAUCUGAUCAAGAUCGACGCCGAGUUUCAGAGACGGGAGAAGAAGCGAUUCGAACUGGAGGGCCGACUGCGCGAAAACACGAAAGUUGUAGAGCAUCUGCUAAAGGAGAACUUGGAUUUGCGUGGGAAGUGCGACGCCCUGAACAAGACUCUGCAUGCGAAGGAGGAGGAGGAGGAGAAGAAAAAACUGGAAAGGGACUCACAGGAAGAAAAAGCCACUGAGACACAGCUGACGGUCGCGGAAGCAACAGCAAAGUUUCAAAAGGAAGUUGCAGAGCUACGCGAGGCGAAAGAUCUCGCGGAGAAGGCGCAACUGCGACAGCGCGAGGACCAAGAGCAGGCGUUUCUUGCGUGGCGGAAUGAGAAGCAGACUCUGGAACAGAAGCUACAGAAGGAACGAGGGGAAUACGACGAAUUGAAAGCGCAGUCGGAAAGGACGCUCCGUGACCUCCAAACUUCUGUUGCGGACAUCAGCGCUCGCAUGCACGAACAGGACCGGUUUUUCCAGGAAAGCCUGGCGACGGAGCGCGACAAAUUUGCCGCCGACAGAAAACGCUUGGAGAGUGAGCGCGCCACGCUGCGCGAUGAGGUCGCGCGACUCGCGACCGCCCGCGAGACUGCGCAGGCCGAUUUCGACACUGCGCUGACGCGGGACCGCGAUGCGGCGAGGAUCGACUUCGAACACAAGCUCAGCAGCCAAAGGGUUGAGCUCGAUUCGGCCUGGUCGGCGAAACUCCGCGAACUGGAAUCGACACUGAGGCGGGACCAAGACGACGCCAAACGGGAAUCGGAGCUGAAACUCCAGCGGCAGAACGACGAGCUGACGGCUUUUUAUGCGGAAAAACUGAGUCGUGAACUGGAAGAGGCGCGCACGGAAGACCGUCGGCGACUGUCACGCAACGAACGCGAGUGGAGUGACGAGUACCAGCGGAAAAUCCAGCAAAUGGAACAGAGACACAAGGACGCUGUGAAUGACGAGCGUGCGAAGGUCGAGCGCGAUUGGAAGCAGAUGCUGCGGGAGUGCCUCGCCCAGGCAAAAACCGCCUUGGAGGAAAAGGAACGGCUUUGGGUGACGGAGAAGAGCGAGCUCGAAGGUGCGCACCACAAGCAACUUGCCGAGUUGAAGCUCACCGUCGAGAAACUCACCGUGGAGAAAGCGCAAGCACAACUUCUCUUAGAAGACGAACAGCGCAGCAGCGCUCGCCUGUUGGCGGAAGCCGUCGCACGAUGUGAGGAGCAGAAGGAAAACCUACGGAAGGAACACGAAAUCGCGGACAAGACAAGCCGAAAAGUGCAAGACCAGCUGAUAUCCGACUACGAGCAGAAACUGUCCGAAUUGCAAACAAAACUGCGGUCGGGAAAGGAAGAGCAGACGUCCGCACUGCUGGCGCUCGAAGCGCAGCACGAGAAGAAACUCUUGGCGCGGCUGCAUGCUCAGCGGGCGGACUUCGAGAAUGUUGAAUUGAAGCUGAAGCAAGUGCAAGUAGAGGACCUCACGAAACAGGUAUGGUUUACUGUAGAUGGAUCAUGUCUUUUCUAUCUUGUUGAUGGCCAUGGCGGUGAGGACGGCAUUGAAGAUGUCUACGUCUUGGGUUUCGGCACUUGAUGAAAACUUGAAGCAAUAAAUUCCACCUAAGUACACUAUCAGCUUGCUGACGCCGUCGCGCAGGCCUCGCGCUUCAAGGAGGAGCAGAUGGAAUCGCGGAAAAAGCGAGACCGCGACUGGCAGACGCGCGUUGAUGAGGAGGUGGCGUUGCAAAAAGCGCUGCAGGCCGAAGUCGAGUCCUGGAAAGCAGAAAAGCAGGAACAGAUCGAGCGACUGGAGCUCGACAAAACGCAGCUAGAGGAACAGCUACUGGAAAGCCGCACGGAAAACUUCCAAGCCGCUGAAUCCGCACAGAAAGACCUGCAGGACCUCAGAGCGGCUUUAGAAAGCGAGUACGAGGCGACAAAGGUAUUUAUUUUGCACGAAGAACAAAAUAGAAGUUGUGACUUCGGAUGCUUAUGGUUUUCCACAUGCGCCGCGUGCAAUGAAUUCAAGGUAGAUCUAGAUUGCAUUUUUUGUUUUUGAAUAGUUCUAGUUGAUCUUUGAACAAGAACAAGCAUAGCCUGCCUUUCUUGUCCAGCGGUUCUGACACCAUGAACAAACUGAAAUAAGAACGGCACCAUUGCAAUUCAGGUGCAGCACGAGCUUGACUGGAAGAAGCGGCUACAGCUCGCGGAAGGCCGUGCACAACAGGAAACCUCAGCACUGCGGCAACAAAACUUGGCUUUACAAGAAGCGGUGGGGAAGCAACAUGCCGAAGUCAGGAGUCGCGACAAGGAAGUAGCGGUGCUUUUGCAGGAGCUUCAGAAGCAGAAGAGCACCGUGAAAGAUCGCGUCAAGGCGCUGUUGCAAAAUCUGGACGAAUGAUUCUACUUACUGACUUCCGUCAGACGACGAGAUCAUGGUUCUUGAUGUUGAUUCCACAUUCAAAUAAAUUCGCUCAGGCUUACAUGGUGAUGUUGGGGUCCAUUGUUCAAUCACAGAAAGCAAGAGCUGCAACUGCAGCAUCAACACAUGACGCCGCCUCUCUACAGUCGAACGGUGGUAGGAUGAGCGACUGGUGUUCGUUCAAGUCCUCGGUGGGUCCUUGACAAUUUUUUUUGCCGUCGCUUUCAG